AUGCCCCUAAUAGCUUUUGGAAUGGCCGAGCACUUGACUUCUUUGACCUCGUUCAUUAAUGAGCAGUUCAGUGGGGAGGAGCUUGACGGGAGCACGUUCUGGAGAUUCUUUUACAGCGUCUUGGCAAUUAUAAUCGUCACUUCUGUUGCCGCUGGCUCAUGCUCGUAUAAGUAUUUUAAGCCGCCUGGAAGCUCUUUCACUUUGUUUUUCCAAGUGUUUGUGGCUGCCUUUUUGGAAAUCUCCCAUAAAAGCCCGAGGGAUGCUAAAGAACUGUUUGAGUUCACUAAUCCUGAGUUUUAUAAGGCACCCCACACGAGGAGCCUGAGGAACAGAUAUAACAACAAAGCUCAAGUGGUCACAGUAGCUAGAGUAGUGGUUUUGAUGUGGCUGGACAUAUUUGCAAUAUACGCCAUGUACAUAAUGAUGACAUACUUGACCGACGUUUGGGACCUCGGCUUCACGCAUGCAGUUGCAAUCGUGAAUGUCUUUUGGGGGUGUCGUCUUGUUAUCCCCGCUGCUCCUGACUGCUCCUGA